AUGCUUAAUAAUUAUACUCUUAGAAAAGUUAGAAAAGAAGCAGAAAUAAUAAGGUCUUUUUUUUCUUUAGAAGAAGAAUUUGAAUUAUUAAAAAAACUUGUUAUACUUCUUUCUUUUUUUGAUAAAGCAACAGAAUUUUUAAGUAGAUUCAAAUAUCCAACACUUGGCUUUAUGAUACUAAUGUUAGAAGAACUUGCAUAUCAGAUUAAGAACUUUACUAGUCUAAAAAAUAAAAUAAUCUUGGUUAAAGACAGAAUCUUGGAAAAUUUAAUUGAACAAGAUUUACACUAUACAAUAAUUCAACUUAUGCAUUGCAAAUAUGAUAAAUUGCAUUUAACACAAAUUGCUAAUGAUAAUACUACACCAACCAAUAAUGAAGAUACAAUUUUAGUAUUAUAUGAAAAUAAAAAAACUAAAAUAUCAGCAUUUUUUUCUUAUUCACAAACAGAAAACACUAUGCCUGAUAAAUUUGAUCGAUAUUGUAAAAUAUCUGAAAUUUCUCUUAAUGAAGAACUCUGUCUUCUG